AGCUCCUGGUGCUGCUGCCAGGUGCUCUUGCCCUGUUCCUGUUCCAUCCGGGAUGGCAGGGCCAGGACAAGCUCCUGCCUGCAGCAGAGCCCAGCCCUGGGGCAGAGCCCGGCACUGGGGUCACUGCUGUUGAUAGAGGUCAGUGUAGGGAUUCCUACAGAAUCAGAACAGUGAAGAAUCUGCCUCUGUGCCAUCCUGGUUUCCCCUUCUGUCCACCAGUCCUUGUGCUGUCCUCCUUGGAAUGCCGCCAAGCCUGGAUCCUGCUCCUCGGCUGUGGGUGGAGGUGGAGUGGCUCUUCGGUAAACAGAAUUAGAGGCAAAUGUGGGAGGUUCCUGAAGUCACCUGCGAGCUGCCUCCUCCCAUACCUGGACCCGGGCUGCCUGCGAGGCGCUUUAAAUUGCCAGUUGGCACAGCCCUGGACACAGGCUUCAUCGGCAUGGCACGAAGCAUCCUCCUGCUGGGGCUCCUCGCCCUGUGGGCGCAGCUGCAGGCAGCACCCAUUGCAGAGUUCCAUGGAGUAGCUCCAGCUGGGUGGCCGCCACCAGGGCAACUGGGAAGUGUCCUGAGCCUUGAGCCUGGGAAAGAGCCCAGGAUGGUGCCUCAUAAUGGUAAUGGUGACAAUGACAAUAACAGCUCGAAUAGCAAUGAAACGGGUGACUCCAAUAGCAGUGGAACUGGUGAUGAUGGCAACAAUGCCAAUGACAAUGAUGGUGAUAAAAAUCAGCUGUGUGAUUGCAAUGACCAUGGUGACAACGACGGUGAUGAUGGUGUCAAUGGUGACAAUUCCAAUAGCAAUGAAAAUGGUGAUGAUGGUGAUAAAAAUGACCUUUUUGAUAGCAAGGACAAUGACAAUGAUAAUGGUGGCAAUGACAGUGAUGAUGCCAAUGAUGAUGGUGAUGAUCUCAUCAAUGAUGAAAAUUCCAACAGCAAUGAAGAUGGUGAUGAUGGUGAUAAAAAUGACCUUUUUGAUAGCAAGGACACUGACAAUGAUAAUGGUGGCAAUGACAGGGAUGAUGGCGAUGAUCUCAUCAAUGAUGAAAAUUCCAACAGCAAUGAAGAUGGUGAUGAUGACAUCAACAGUGACAGUUACAAUAGUAGUGAAGAUGGUGACUCCAAUGACAAUGAAUAUGAUUACUCCAAUAACAAUGAAAAUUAUGCUGAUUAUGGGGGGUGGGGAUUUUAGAUUGUAACAGUUGGGAUUUUCAGAGAUUUUUGGGUUUCUCUUUUGUGGCACCCAGCUCAGACUACCAGAU